CUUCUUGCGGGGAGGCGUGGAGCGGGGGAAGCGGCGCCCGGCGGCGGGGCUGCCCGCUUGGCGCCGAGUGGGCGGGGGCGCGCGGGGUCUCCAGUGGGAACCGCGCGUUCCCUGAGGCGGCGGCGGAGACGGCGAAGGGGUGGGGAUGGGGGGGGGGGGGGAAGAGCGGCCUGCUCCUCCCCCCUCCCCUCCCGCCUCUGCCCCUGCCCCGGGGCGGCGGGUGGCGCUGGCCGCGGCGGGUCGGGGCUCAGUGUCCUUGUGCGGAAAUGACACACGGUCCCGUCACGUCACGCGAGAGCGCAGCGCGCGGACCCUCGCACACAAAGAGCGGGGGGGGAGACGCGGGCACCAGCGGCGGCCGCUCCAGCCGCCCCCGCCGUCCCGGGGCUCCCGUGCCCACGCGCGGAGCUGAGUGAGAUAGAAGAUGAAUUCAGCUGACAUUACUGAUGAUGAUGAAGUAAAAAUUCCUAAAAAUAAUGUUGUGAAAGUAGAAACAGAAAAUGAAGAUGAAGCUCUAGACUGCUCAGUAUCAUCCAGAUCUGCUGAGAAGCACUCGUUGGAUGGCACGGUUACUUUCCUGCAGGAUUCCAACAAACGGAAGCAGACCUCACUUGGUUGUGAUGGAAGCCAGCAAGAUGUCUUACCCAGCGUGAAGAAAAGACGCUUUACACAAGAGGGUCCCCUUUCAAACUUGAAAAACAGAGAUACUGGCUCACCCACUCAGGUAAAUGCAGAGCAGCCGAACAAGAAUAAGAAUUCUAAUGUAACGUGGCUCUGUGAAGAAGAAUCUUUCAGUGACAUAACCACUCCAUCUUACAAAAAACCUCUCUAUGGCAUCUCACACAAAAUCACGGAGAAGAAGAACCCAGCAGGAGCAGAGCAGUUUGCUUCUUAUGAGCUGUUUGAGAAAAUCAACCCCAGCAGUCCCUUGCCUCUUCGGACUUUGAAUGACCAACGCAAAAGGGACUCGGCUGCAGCCGUUGCUGUAACAGCAGCCACCACAGAUUCUGACCCAAAUAUAUAUUCUUUGAUACAGAAGAUGUUCUACACGCUUAACACCCUCAAUACCAAUAUGACUCAGCUUCACAGUAAAGUUGACCUGUUGUCUCUGGAGGUUAGCAGAAUUAAAAAGCAAGUCAGCCCAGCAGAGUCUGUUGCAGACUUCAAGCCCCCCCCCGAGUACCAGCUGACUUCUGCGGAGCUCAAACAAAUCAUGGAUCAGAGCACAUCAGGUGGAGACCUCGCUUGCCGGCUGCUAGUGCAGCUCUUCCCAGAGCUUUUCAGUGACGAUGAGUUCAGCAGAAGCUGCAGUGCAUGUGGCUUUCUCAACAAAAGGAAACUUGAAUCUCUUCAUCUGCAGCUGAUCCGAAACUAUGUGGAAGUUUGUUAUCCUUCUGUGAAGAAUACAGCUGUGUGGCAGGUGGAAUGUUUGCCUCAAGUCAAUGAUUUUUUCAAUAGAUUUUGGGCUCAAAGGGAAAUGGAAAACAGUCAGCAGAAUGUGCAAUCGUCCAGUUUUUAUGAGACUGAGCAAGUCGAAUCCUCUCAUUUUAUUGAUGAUAAAGAGCAGGAUGAAGCUUUGUCCUUGGACAGGAGUAGUGCCAUUGCCUCAGAUUACAUGCUGGAUGCUCAGGAUCUCAAUGAAUUUUUAGAUGAAGCUUCUUCUCCAGGGGAAUUUUCUGUUUUCUUGUUACAUCGAUUGUUUCCAGAACUCUUUGACCACAGAAAAUUAGCUGAAAGGUACAGCUGCUUUGGAGACUCUGGAAGACAACUGCUGGAUCCUCAUCGGCUUCAAAUAAUCCGUAGGUACACUGAAAUUUACUUUCCAGAUGUACAAGAAGAAGAAGCCUGGUUGCAGCAAUGUGUUCAGCGAAUAAAUGAUGAGCUUGAAAACACAUAUAUGGAUGGAAGUGAAUGUGAUCAGAUGAGGGACGACUAUUAUGAUUCUUCUAGUUUACCAGAUGAUGUAUCAAUCAUAAAAGUGGAAGACAGUUUUGAAUAUGAAAAACCAGGCAGACGCUCAAAAAAAAUUUGGCUUGUACCCAUAGACUUUGACAAACUUGACUUUCCCCCUCCUGAUUUUGAUGUCCCUGUCCCGGAUUACCUGUUGAACAAAGAACAGAUUAAAAGCAUAUAUGAAAGCAGUCUUUCCAUAGGCAACUUUGCCUCUCGAUUGCUUGUUCUCUUAUUUCCUGAACUGUUUACCCAUGAAAACUUACGGAAGCAAUACAACUGUAGUGGAUCUUUAGGCAAGAAACAGCUCGACCCCACUAGAAUUAAAUUAAUUCGACAUUAUGUGCAGAUACUGUACCCCAGAGCAAAGAAUGACAGAGUGUGGACAUUGGAGUUUGUUGGGAAGCUUGAUGAGAGAUGUCGACGAAGAGACACGGAGCAAAGGCGCUCAUACCAACAGCAGCGGAGAAUCCAUGUGCCAGGGCCUGACAGGAGGGAAUUUCUCAGCUAUGUAAUAAACCCCGAGAGGUUUCGAGAAGAAUUUGAAGGGCCGCCGCUGCCACCAGAAAGAAGCAGCAAGGAUUUUUGCAAGAUACCACUUGAUGAACUCGUUGUUCCAAAUCCAGACUUCCCUGUGCCUUCUCUGUAUUUGCUGUCUGAUAAGGAGGUAAGAGAGAUAGUGCAGCAGAGCCUGUCGGUCGGCAACUUUGCUGCCAGGCUUCUUGUAAGACUCUUUCCCGAACUCUUUACUCCAGAGAAUCUCAGGCUGCAGUACAACCAUUCAGGUGCUUGUAACAAAAAACAGCUCGAUCCUAUCAGACUGAGACUGAUCCGUCAUUACGUGGAGGCAGUUUACCCUGUGGAGAAAAUGGAAGAAGUAUGGCAUUAUGAAUGUAUACCGAGCAUUGAUGAAAGAUGCCGGCGUCCUAACAGAAAAAAGUGUGAUAUACUGAAAAAAGCAAAGAAAACAAAAAAAGUGUCAGAUUCUUUAAAUUCCUAAGACUUUGACCACUAAAUUAUUGUCAGGAUUAUGCUUUGGUUUAGACUGAGGGGCCUGUCAGGAGCUGAGGGUGAUCAGCAUCUCGGACAGUCAGGCACUAAGUUUGUUGCUUUUUAAUGUGUGUGUUGCAUCUAUGUGGGCACUGCAGCAGUGGGAAGUGGCUUACUACAUUUGUACAUGGGUAAAGACCAUAAGUCAUUGACGAUAGAGCUAUCAAUGACUCGCUAAGAGCAUGAUUUUCACUGGUGCAUGUGUUGAAACUGUAUUACUCCACUCCCCAUUUCUGCAUCUUCUGUUUUUUAUCACUUUGUAAUAAGAAACAAUAUUUUUUUUAAAUCGUCGUGCUCUUCAGGGGCAGUUUUUCAUUGUACCCUUCUAAACAAGUCUUGUAACUUUAUUCAGAGUAUGAAAUUUAAACUUAAUUUAAAUUUGAAAGUGCCAUGUUCACUGGAAAUCAUUGGAAUAUUAGCCUUUCCUUCUGCAGUAAUUGCAUCUUCACAUUUGUUUUGUUCUUGAUGAUACUGAGAUAUUGAAAAUAAUAAAACCAUGUCAAAGAGUGGGUCAGAAUGGUGUCAUUUGUGUUUUUGGCCAUUACCCAGGUUUUGUUUCUAAACCCAAGAAUUAAUUGUUGAAAAACUGAGAUGUGAGCACAGACACAAUGUGAAUUUUUGGUUGACUUUUUUUUUAAUCUUGACAUGACAAGCUUGAUCCUGCCCCCGUGAGUUCUUCUUUGGUUUUGUCCAGUGUCACUGCUGGUGUGAUUGAGGAUGGCUUGUCUGAAUAAAGCUUGUCAGAACAGACCCAAGCGUGUACCCAUGGAAUGUCUUGCCAUCACCUGCUUGCCACUGUGUUUGUGAAAUAGCAAAGACAGCGGCAACAGCAAAAAGACCUGAAACAAGAAUUUGGAAAAACUUUAGACCUUACUCACUAUCAAAAUCAUGAUUCCAAAGGUUUCCAGUGUUCGUAUUGAAUUGCAGAUAUAAAAAGUAUGUGCAAAGAUGGGUUUUGUGAUGAAAUUCAGUGUUUCAGGAUCCCCUCUUGUGAGCUGUGGUAAUGUAAUUCAUUCUUUGCGUGAACGCAGCAGUACCUGGAUAUUUCGGGUGUAGGAAUAUUGAAUUCCCUCACUUUGCCAAAUUGAUUUAGUGUAAUUAGUAGCUAUUUGGAGGCAUAACUGUGUAUGUAUAACUUAGGUUCAUACAGUUAAGUUUACAUUAUUAAUAUAUUAAAGUGUAACAAAGACCACCCUGUACCCAAUGUGAAUUUGCUGUAUGACUUGUCACUGGAGAGUGCUGCUUUAAAACUAGUUUUCCUCUUCUUUUUUUUCCUCUCCGUUUUUUCCUUCUUUUAAUACUGAUAGAAAUGGUGAGAGAGAGUCAAACGUGAAUUUUUAAGACAGUAAAGACAGUGAUCGCUUACUGACCAUCGCUGGAACACCUUGGAGCAAUUGUUGAUGUUGUCUGUGGUCCUUUUUUGUUGUUUACUUAGAUGGGUCAUAGUAUCAAAUUUUAAGCCAGUUCCAGUGUAAUUUUCUAUUUUAGCAUUUGUAAGAAAGUACAAAAUAUUUGAUGUUUUUACUUUCAGAUUUUUAGAAUUGCCUGCUCUUAGAGUCGUAUGGAUCCCUUUCUUUUAAAAGCAAAACAAAACGUUUUUUCCUGAUGGCAAGAACUAGUAAAAGUCUUAUGUUAAACCGGGAGUAAAUCAUAAUAGUUAGUAGCAUUUGCUUGUUUUCCCCAUAUGCUAGCAACAUUCUCAAAGAAUGUAUGAAGAAAAUCAUGAAUGUACUAAAUAAUACACUGAUACUGUUUAUAUCCAUAUAAAUGUUUCCUGUUGGUUUAAAUAAUAGCAGACCAUGCACACGAUGGAUAUCAAAGCAAAAAUGGCUAUAAUAUAAUGAAAACAUUUUACCAAAGAUAAAGAAACAAUACCACAAUGUCUGCAUCUUUCAUUUUAGUGCAUAAAUUUAGCAAAUUGAAUGUAUCAGAAACCAAGACUUUCUCUUGUAAUUGUAUGCUACCUAGCACCUCUGUGAAUUUUUUUACAUGCACUUUUAUGGGAGAUAAAGUAAUUGCAGAAAAUAUUAACAACUGCUUAAUCUGUUGUUGUGAAGAGCUGGCCAGAAGGUAAGAAAUGCAUUUUCUUAUCUUAGUGUCAUACAUGUUUCACCACUUAGUGAUGUUGAAGCUCCCAGAAGAAUUUGAUCUACAUUAAGCUUUUCUACAAUUGACAGAUGUUCCUAGCUAGCAUGCAAAUUUGAGAUAUACUGGCUUUUACUGUAGAUGCUGACAUCAAGUAAAAAAUUCAGUCCAUUCAUAUUAUCUAAGUAGUGAAAAAACAAUUUUCACCUUUUAAAAUUACAUUUUUGGAAGUGGGUAUAGAAAGAUUUUAAUUGUGUUUUUCCUCUUAACUUCUGUCUAAUUGUUGUGUACAUUCCUUUUUUCUCACUCUUCACAACCCUUUCAUGAUUUGUUUGAUUGUAUGUUUUAUAACUGGUAUCAAGAAAAUACAGACAUAUGAAUAGUGACGUAGUUCACUAAUGAAAGCUAUUUCGGUGCAUCUGAAGUACAGCCACUUCAUCCAGUCGGUCAGUCUUGUAAAUAAAUUAAAGGUAUAUUAUUUUCAUACAAGA